AACCCUAGUUAUACUCUGUUUUGCGUUUCCAAGCACUGAUGAAAUGCAGCGGCAAUUUUCAGACCAUAGAAUAAGUGCUGGCCUAAGUGAGCCCAAGCGUUACCGAGCAAAUGUUCCAGCCCCAUGUUUCCUACAACAGCUGCUGGGGUCGCUGUCCAACCAGCAGCCAGGCAAAAUGGAGCGGCUUCGGCGACGGAUUUCCUCAGGGAGCUUCCAAAAGCAUUUGUGGAUUGGUGGACAGUAGACAUACCUGGAAAAGCAAAGCAAUUGGAAACGACGGUCAAGUUGAAACCGGUGUUGGCAAAGCUGUGGAGCCUAUGCGUCCCGGAUAUUCCCCUGCUUGUGGUUGCGUCGGUGUUCAUGGUUAUUGCGUCCCUGUGCGAGCUAGCCAUCCCGCACUACGCGACGAAGUCUAUUUUCGCGGCGUCGGAGGGCUCGACGGCAUUUAAGGGCUUCCUUUCCAUCCUAACGUGUGCGGUGUCCGCGUACGGCACAGCUGCUGCGCUGCGCGGCUUUUGCUUUUCCAUCCUCAACAACCGCAUGACGCGCCGGCUCAGGGCUGAGCUCUUUUCCAGCCUGGCCCGGCGCGAGACCGCCUUCUUCGACGGCGAGGACGUGGGCGGCCUGACGUCGCGGCUGCAGGCGGACUGCGCGGCCAUGACCAAGGUGAUCGCCACCAACGCCAACAUCGCCAUCCGCAACCUGCUGCAGGCGCUGGGCGGGGUGGCCUACCUGUACACCCUGUCGCCCCCCCUGUGCGGCAUCACGGUGGCGAUCAGUGCCGUACUGUGGGCGGUAACCCUGGUGUACGGCAGGUUCGCCAGGCGCAUGCAGAAGGUGUUCCAGGACGUGUUGGCUGAGAGCAACACGGUGGCUGAGGAGGCGCUGACGCUGUCCCGCACCGUGCGCACGUUCGGGACGGAGGGGUCGGAGACGCGGAGGUACACCACCUGGCUAGACCGGCUGUACCAGGUGGGCAAGCGGCAGGCGGCGGGCUACGCGCUGUUCGUGGCAUCGGGGCACAUCGCCUGCUACGCAUCCAAGGUUGCCGCGCUGGCAGUGGGGUGCGCCAUGGUGCUGUCGGGGCGCCUCACGGCCGAGCAGCUCACCAACUUCAUCAUGUAUGUUGAGUUUGUGACGUACGCCUCCCUCAACGUGUGCGAUGAGUUCACCGAGAUAUGCGAGGCGGUGGGUGCCAGCGAGCGGGUGGUGACCAUGCUGGGCGCCCCGCCCGCCCCGCAGACCGCCCCCGGGGCCACCCUGCCGGCCUUCAGCGGCAGGGUCAGCCUGCGGGACGUGAGGUUCAGCUACCCCAGCCGGCCCCACACCCUAGCUCUGGACGGAGUGAACCUCACCUUCCAGCCCGGCCAGCUCACAGCACUGGUCGGCCUCAGCGGCAGCGGCAAGACCACGGUGUGCGCGCUGCUGCAGCGGCUGUACGACCCGGCCAGCGGGCAGCUGCUGCUGGACGAGCAACUGGAUGUACGACAAGCGGAUGCGGCCUGGUACCGGCAACAGAUUGGGGUGGUGCCGCAGGAGCCCCGGCUGUUCUCCCGCUCCAUCGCGGCCAACAUCGCGUACGGCAUGGAACACGACCCGCCACACCAGUCUGCUAUCGAGGAGGCGGCGCGGGCUGCCAACGCGCACGACUUCAUCAUGGGGCUGCCCGAGGGGUACGACACGCUGGUGACGGACAAGCUGCUGUCGGGCGGGCAGAAGCAGCGGCUGGCGCUGGCACGGGCGCUCAUCCGCAAGCCCAAGCUGCUGGUGCUCGAUGAGUUCAGCAGCGCCCUAGACGCGGAGAGCGAGGCGCAGGUGCAUGCAGCGCUGGACCGAGCCAUGAGCAGCCGCGAGCGCACGGUGGUAGUGAUCGCUCACCGGCUGUCCACGGUACGGCACGCGGACUGCAUUGUGGUGAUGGACAAGGGCAAAGUGUACGAGCAGGGAGAUCACCAUGAGCUGCUGGCGCGGCGGGGGAUCUACUGGCAGCUGGUGUGCAGGCAGCAGUACGGCAUUGAUCCGCACGGCGGCAAUGGAGGUGGGGGUGGCAGGGGCGGUGGUAGCAUUGCCGGAUUGGCUGCUACUGACGUGGAUGAGGAGGGGAGGGAGGGGGUUUCGGAGCCUCGGGAGGCGACGGCAGCAGCGGCCAUGUUUGGUGGGGGAGGAGAGUACGAUGGUCGGAUGGACGGCGGCGACGGCGGUGGCGAGCAGGGUGGUGGCGGCUUCCUGGGUGGUGAUGAGUCCGGCAGCUUGAUGAUGACGGUUGACGAGGAGGCGGGAGGCGGCAUGUCGUACAGCGCUUCCAGCGGCAGCUCAGUACUGACCCAUGGGUCAGCAUCAUGCUCGCCGUCACCCUCCUCCUCCUCCUCGUCAUCAUUCUCCUCCCGGCUGGCGCGCGGUUCCAAGGCCCCCAUGGCCGACGAUGAGGACAAUGAUGCGAUGCUGGCUUCCGUGCUGGGUUCGGCCACCGAUGCAGACAUCGCCAGAGCCCUUCCCGAGCAGCAGCAGCAGCAACGGCGCAGUCCCACCUCCCGACAGCGCAGCGAGGUGUUGAGAGGUGCACAUGGAGACGGAGACGGCAGUAGCUGCGGUCAUGUUCACCACGACGACGGAGAAGUCAACGGUAGCGGUGACGGGGGCAAGGAGGAAGAUGCUGAUGCUGAUGGUGGUGAUGGGGGCGGGUUGCUGAGUGUGGUUGGUGUUGGCAGCUCCAGCAGUGUUGCGGGCAGCAUGGGCACGAUGGAUGAGGAGAACGAUGAGGCGGGCAGGCCGGCGGGG